AUGACGGAGAUGACUCCAGACCCUGCGGACGAAUCUAAUCAAUUGCAGGCUCACAAGCGCAAUGCUCGAAAGCGCGCCCAGCAGUGGAUGACCAAGGGAGGCCUGGUCCGCGACGACUCCGACGACGAGCUUGGCGAUGAAGACCUCCCUUGGGACUGGAUAUACGACGAAGACGCCGAGGAUAAUGCGGUAGAAAACACAGCGGCCGGUGCUGCGGACGAUACCCCGAGGUCAAGCCGGAGACGCUCAACCCGCCCGAACGCAAAGAACCGCCGAAGGAUCGUCGGAGCUCGGAUGGGCUCGUUCGAAUGCCGACUGGGACAAGUGGUGCUUCUCAAGUCUCCCGAGCCUGGGAAAGAUUGGGUUGGCAUCAUUACCGAGUUUCUGGAAGAAGAUGACGAUGAGGCUGAGGGAGAGGUCCUUAAAUCGGUCAACAUCAUGUGGUUCGCCUCGCCGGAUGAGUUCAUGUCAACACGAAACAAGCGACGGUCGGAUGCUUUGUCCAAUGAGCAGUAUCUGACGGCGGAUCUCAACAUAAACCCUCUGUCCUCGAUCAAUGGUAAAGCCAUGGUGAUGUCAAAGGAUGCUUUUUACGCCAAGUACCCGAACGGCACCCCUCCGAAGGGAAAGGACGAAUUGGCCGAGUACAACAAGUGCAUUGUCUGCCGCAGAGGAGUCAAUCAACUCCAGGGACGAUACACCGAUGAGUUUGUUUGGGAACAAGUCUACCAAGAAGAUAAGAUCUUCGACCUGAUUAGCAUGAUCAAGAACGGCCUGAAAUCGGCCAAGAAGCGCAAACAAGUUGACAAUGAUUAUGAGGACAUCAAAGAGGACGAUGACUUCACACCCACGACCCCGAGAAAAAGACAGAAAGUCGCCUCGACGGCUACCACUCCUCAGUCACGACGACAAAAGCCUCUGACAACGCCAACUCACAAGAGAAUCGUUGUCAAGAGACCGCUCGAGUUCACCCCUCUCGGAACUCGCGUUCUCUCUCCUACCCACUUUGCUUCCCCAUACCGUCAGGCACGCAACCUGUUGCAUGUGUCCACAGUCCCCACGUCGCUUCCAUGCCGAAAGAACGAGUUCGAUACAGUCUAUACGCACUUGAGCUCUGCGAUCAUGGAGGGGACCGGAACCUGUAUCUAUAUUUCCGGGACGCCGGGAACGGGGAAGACGGCAACAGUGCGUGAGGUAGUUGCGCAGCUCAAUGGCGCAGUGUUAGCGGAGGAGAUGGAUGAUUUCAUCUUCGUCGAAAUCAACGGAAUGAAAGUGACAGAUCCUCACCAAUCUUACUCGCUAUUGUGGGAGGCUCUGAAAGGUGACCGCGUUUCUCCUUCCCACGCACUCGACCUAUUGGAAAGGGAAUUCUCACAUCCGUCCCCUCGACGAGUGUCGUGUGUCGUUCUCAUGGAUGAACUGGAUCAACUUGUCACGAAGAACCAGUCUGUGAUGUACAAUUUCUUCAACUGGCCAGCCCUGCGCCAUUCCCGUCUCAUUGUCCUUGCCGUCGCAAACACCAUGGACUUGCCCGAGCGAACCCUCAGCAACAAGAUCUCCAGCCGUCUAGGCCUGACUCGUAUCACGUUCCCCGGCUACAAGCAUACCGACCUCAUGGAGAUUAUCAGCACCCGCCUGGCAAACGUUCCAGGAAACAUUGUCGAUGCGGACGCCGUCCAAUUUGCCAGUCGAAAGGUAGCCGCCGUCAGUGGUGACGCUCGCCGCGCAUUGGACAUCUGCCGUCGCGCCGUGGAAAUCGCAGAGCAGACCAGCGAUGCCGCGGCCAGGGUCUCAAGCUUAGAUCAACCCAAUGGCGACGACACCGAGUCCCUUCCCCCGACCCCUAGCAAGACCCCGGCUCGCAAACAAAAAUCCACCAAACAAGCCACCCUCCCUACGAUCAGCGAAUCGCCUUCAAAAGACCCUCCUCCCCAGAAACAAUCUACCGGCCGCGUUACCAUCGCCACCAUCAAGCAAGCGAUCCAAGAAGCCACCUCCACCCCCCUCCAACAAUCCCUCCGCUGCCUGCCCCUCUCCGCCAAACUCUUCCUCGCCGCUCUCCUGGCCCGCAUCAAAAGAACCGGCAUCUCCGAAUCCACCUUCGGCGACGUCAUCGAUGAAGCGAAACGGAUCGCCGACGCCGCUGUAGCCGUGGCAGGUGCCGCCGGCACCGGAGUCAAAGAGUUCCUGCUCAGUGGCGGGAGUAACACAUCACGUGUGCGAUCCCUCGGCCACGCCGCCAUGGAGCUCAUGAACUCGGGUGUCCUGGCCGUUGAAUACGGGACCGGAGCCCGAGGACCUGCCGGCAACGCCUUGCUAUCGAACAGGGGAGACCGCACGGGGAAAGUGAGGCUCCGAGUGGCCGUCGAGGAUGUCAAGAUUGCUUUCCGAGAAGAUGUCGAAGCGAAGGCGCUGGGACUGGGGAUGGAUUCUUAG